AUGUCAGUAUUCUAUUCUCCCACGCAUUUGACAGGACUCUCCGUGAUGGCUCAGCAAGAAAAGGCCCAACGUCGCCGUCUCGCGCACACGACCUGUCUGACCCUGUCCACGGCCGGGCAGGCAAAGAUCGUGGAUGAACGAUCAAAUUUCGGCCACAACCACAAACACAACCAUGUCAACGGCACGCUGAACAUCCCGCUCCAUCACGGCCAGAUGCACGGGCACAUAGCACACAAUACUGGCAUUCAGGGAAAAUACGACUUGAUGGUCGGACAUUCCGAGCACCUACACCAACCACUACGCAAGGCUGGCAGCAAUACGGGAAACGAACCACGCCCCGACGCGGGUAAAGAUGCCAGGGUGCAUGACCUGAUUUUCUGUCCCAUUUCGCAUCCACCCAUUCACGAUCCUGAUUUCCGACUGGCUCGGGUGGUGGAACGGACCAUCGAGCAUCUCCGCAACUUGGCCCGCACCCUCGCUUUUCAUGGUACGGAGGCCCCCCUUCGCACGAUCCAGCUGCGUCCGGCACAAGCUACACUGGAAGAGCUGCAGACUGUUUUGAGUACCCAGCAGCCCCAUCCGCAUGUGCUCCGGGACGUGGCAUCUGUGUAUGCCGAGCUGUUGGCCUUUAUGAUGAGUGGUGAUUUGAUUGGAAUAUCGCGUGUUUUGGCCGAUGCCGGUUCACCCCUGUACCGCGUCAACCAUAGCGUCCACAUCCAAUGGAUGAGUGUGACCCUGCAUGCACUAGCCGGCCAGCCGCAUUUGUUGCGACCCGUGCUAACUACCAUGUUGGCCCACACCCAUUCCAUGACCGUGGAUGGUACCAUUCUCGGUGAACACAUGCAUCAUCUGUUGGAACCGCUACCGCCCGCCGAACUCUUCAAAGUGGCCCAGGAUGUUUACGCGGGUGCCCGAGUGCCCAUCUUGCCACACGUGAUGCAUGUCUUUAUGCGGGCCAUCGUUGCGUUGGGCGGUGAAUCCGAGUCCGAGCUGCUUACCACACUGAAGGCCAAUACCCAUUUGCAAACUCGUCAAUGUGGUCUCGACGUGGCCCUGAUGGAUUGCGUGGCUGCCAGCGCUUCAAACUGGUCCACCACUCGACUGUGUGCCUUUGUCCAGGCCCUACUUGGUAACAAGCGUACCGAUACAUCGCCUUUGCUAUAUCUGAGCCAAGCUACGUCCGGCCAUCGCGCCGUCGGGUUCAAGGCCAUUAUUAUGGCCGCGGUGGCUGUGGCUCAGGCCGAAUGGUCAGAUCCAGCACGCACGCAUCAAGCGGUGGGGCAACUCAUUUCGACCGUGUUGGAUUCAGGCCAACCCAUCGUCCUGGGCAGUGAUGACGUGCACCUGCUGUGUGCGCUUGCCGUGUACGAGAACGACUCUAGGGUGGAUGGAGAUGAAUGGACGGUCAUCUUUCGUCGUUUGUUCGCGCAUUGCCAGUUGCGCAAUCUGGCAGGACGAGAAGUUGGAAUGAUACUGGCCACAUUGCGUUGCCUUGGCCUGGAGACCGAAGCCGAUCGCCUCGACCUGGAGACCGAAGCCGAUCUCCUUGGCCUGGAGACCAAAACCGAUCGCCUUGGCCUGGAGACCGAAGCCCAUGAACACGACGUUACGGGCGACACGCCGAUCACGCUAGAACAUCUAUCUGUCAGCAUCAACUGUCACUUUGAUUUGCAGGCGGACGGACAUGCCAUCCUGACGACACCCACCUCGAUCUCCCCGGAUGUGUGUGCAUCAAAUGCCAGGAAUUAUUUGGAUCAUCAUCGCUGGACACAGGGAAUCCACGCAAUUGCCAAAUCCAAAGUGACGGCCUCCCAAGAGCUCAUGCACAAGCCCCGGAACAAGCACAUUGGCGGCGUGAGGAGGCGGAGACGGAGGCGGAGGCGGAGAGGCGUUGGGUCGCAACACUGCAAAAUGUCGUCGAGUUUGUCUUUGUCCCUCUGGGACUUCGACCAGGGUAACGAUGACGAUUUCACCGCUGCCGAGUACGGACAGGCCGAGGAUACGGAGGAGGUACUGGCGCGACCGAACGUUGAGCAACAUGACGGUGGACGAGACUGCCUCAUCUUCCUGGUCGAUGCUAGCCAGGAGAUGCAGCAGGCAUUUGAGACGAUUGCAGCCUCGCUGGACUCGGAUGCAUCGAGCGAAGCGGCACCUCUCAUGGCCAUUCCUGAGAUCGAGGGCGUCGACAGCUCGAACAACACAUAUUGCGAGACUUGUCUGCGGGUCAUUCAUGCCGCACUUCGCAGCAAAAUCUUGAUCAGCGAGGCCGAUCUAGUGUCCGUGGUGCUCUACGGCACGGUGGUGCAGUUGUACGGCAACACCUUUGAUCUCUCUGACGCUCUUUGGACUUGUCAGAACCUGUUUUCACGCCUCAAGACACGGGUGGCCACAAAGCGCAUCAUGAUUUUCACCAACAACGACAACCCUCAUGCGGCCGAUGAUGAUCUUCGUGACAAGGCGAAGGUUAAGGCAGGAGAUCUGCGGGACAAUGGCGUGGAGAUUAUGCUCAUGGACCUGAGCCAAAAUCGUGACGGCUUUAACAAGCGCCUCUUUUGGGACGAAAUCACUAGUGUCGAACGGGUGGCCGGGGAUGACGACGAUGGUAUCUCCCGUUUCCUCAGCUUUCACGAUCUUCUUGAUCGCACGACAUCACGAGUACAGAAGAAGCGAGCCCGCAUGACCAUUCCCCUCCAGCUUGCCGAGGGCAUGGCGAUUGGCGUCAAGGUUUAUAACCUCGUGAGUCAGGCCACCAAGGGCAAGUACAGCUACGUCUACAAUGAUACACAGCCCGUGGUAACCAAGACGGCAUACUACUGCGAGAAUACGACCAAUCCUUUGUUGCCCACAGACAUGAAGUAUGGUGCCAAAUUUGGCAACGAGAUGGCUGUUUUCUCCAAAGAAGAGGUGACCCAGAUCAAGUCUUUUGGUCAGCCGGGCCUUCGCUUGCUGGGAUUCAAGGACCAGGCGGCCCUCAAGCCGUGGCAUCACGUCAAGAAGUCCUGCUUUCUUUAUCCGGAUGACAAGGCAGGUGGCUCUCGUUGCCUGCGCCUGCGCAAGUUGGCCAUUUGUCUGUUCGUCUCUCGUGCGGGCGUACCUCCCAAUAUGGUGGCCCUCUUGCCCCAAGCGGAAAAGGUGGCUGAGGAUAGCCACGAGCAAGUAUCGCCCCCAGGCUUUCACGUCAUUUUUUUGCCUUAUGCUGAGGAUUUGCGCGAGGUCAAUGUGGACUUUGAUCUUCCCCACGCCGAUGCCGACCAGAUCAAGGCUGCUACGGGCCUGGUUCGCUCCCUGACCCACAAGCACUUUCAAUGGCACGGCGUCCGCAACCCAAGCCUUCAGGUGCAUUUUAAUGCCCUCGAAGCACUGGCUCUUUCACGUUCCAAGGUCGAGGAGUCGGUGAAUGAUCUUGUGCCAUCGAUCCCCGAGCCGGCAGCCCAAGCGGCCGAGCAAUUUACGCAGGCCGUCUUUCCAUACGGCGCACCUAGUGGCAGCGCCAAGCGCAGCACGGCCUCGGGUGGCACGGGGGCCAGCAAGCGCACCAAGGCUGACGAGAGCGAAAUGACCUUGGACAUUCUCAAGCAGAAAUAUGAGAAGGAUCAGCUGGCUCGCUUGACUGUGGCUGAGCUCAAAGUGGGGUGCAAGUUGGUCGGUCUGAAAGCAGCCGGCCGCAAGGCGGACUUGAUAUCUGCCCUGCAGGAUUACUUUGGCCAAUAAGGCCGGUGGCUUGAUUUUGCCCAUGGUCAAGAGUUUUCAAAGCCCUGUGACCGUUACGCAUUAACUCCACAUCAUUCAAAAGAUUGUUGUAAAUCGAUUACAUGUACAG